AUGGCUUCAGGAUCAACUGCCCUGUAUAAAGUCCGGCGACGUUCUUCAUGUCAGGGGGAAACAGAAUUCUACUGUAACUCAUGUAAACAUGACUUGAGACAACAGUGUAAAGAAAGACGUGUUAUUGAAUUACGCACCAAGCACCAUGAUGUUGAAAUGUACAGGGAAAUAUACAACAUUCUGGAACAGGACACAUGUAUGAGACAUAUAGAAAAACUCUAUGAAAAAUACUGUGAUUCAUGUAAAUUUUCUUUCUGUGAUCAGUGUAAAAAACACCAACAACUCGAAAUACUGGACAUUAGAACAGCGUAUAAAACUAUCCGUGAACAACACAGAGACAUACUUCAAAGGAUCAGAAGUGGAAAUCUGUAUAAUGAAAAAAACGAAAUCUUCAACGUUAUUUCAAAGAUGACGAGAAAAGCCCAAAGACUAAAGGACAUCAUUGUCACUGUUAUGUGUGAUUAUAAAAUCAGAAUGAGGUACAAAUGUCUCAUGAUAAAUCAUGGUUUACAACGAGAAAGGAGAACCCUUGCCAGGAUAGAAAACUAUGAACACAGAUAUGAACAGUCAGCCAACAGAGCUGUGAGACUCCUCUUUUUCAUAAAAAACGUCUUUGUCCCUAAUAUAACUCCUUAUCUUACUAAACACGCCUUGCUCUCUCUGCCCGAGCAAAUCAACAAGGAGGAUGUGGUUGAGUUUCUGAGUGAAGUCCAAAUCAUAGACAGAGGAGAAAGACAAACCGGAUCUGGAUCAGUGUUAGACACUCUUAUUCUACUGUUUUAA